AGAGGGAAUCACAAGCCAUUACACCCAAAAUUGGAUAUGUUACCUUGCUUCUAAUUUUAUAAUUUCGCUUUUUCUCAUUUUUUUUUCUUCUCCUUUUUUUUUCCUCUUCUUCAUCGAAUGUCUCAAGACUCUCAUCACUACUACAAAACUGAUCCCUACCGAGCAACUAGAAAACAACCUAGUCCAGGUAAAAAGAGAAAAAAAUAAACUCAAAUGAAAUGAAACUUAUUCUUGAAGGCCAUUAUGAGCAACAGCAAGACUCUUAUUCCAGUUCACCUUCAGAAAGCAGUACAACUCGUCUAGCCAAUUCCCCUUCAGCCACACCUAAACACAUGGAACCUGAAUUCGAAACAGACGAAAGUUAUGAUUAUUAUUCUCAAGACCCUUACUCACCCCGAAACCCCAAUAAGCCGAAAAAGAAAAAGCAGUAUUAUUAUGAAGAUCAAGAAAAAAGAGCCAAUUCUUAUUUGCCUUACUCUCAUCAUGCAAGAAACCCAAAUCACCCUGUUGAACCUAUCUAUCUAGACGAAGAUUUACCCAGUUUCAAUUCACCUAACCAUCACUCAAGACAAGUGGGUUCUAUUCUACAAGACAAUAUUGUGAUGGACAUGAUGAGCGAUACCCCUUACGCACCUCCACAAGACUAUGAACAAAAGACACAACAGGGCAUGAUCGAGACAUUGCCUGUCAAAAAGAAGAAAUGGUGGGCACAGUUGGGUAUCAGUGGUCGAAAACUUGUAUUUGCUGUGUUUGGGUUUAUUAUUCUGGUAGCCCUUAUUUGGUAUUUUGUCUGGCCUCGAGAUCCUACAUUGGCCUUUUUAGAUGCUGGCUUAAAGGAUGAUACCACGGCUCAUUAUACCUCUACCUCAAUGGAAGCUACCUGGAGUGUCAAUUUCACUGUGAAUAAUAUGGAUAAUUGGAUUCCCACAAACAUUCAGAAUUUCGCUGUGAGUGUGAUUGAUGAGUCUACAGGUGAAGUGUUUGGCAGAGGAAACACAGGCCAUCUUUCAUUAAGACCUCGGGCCAUAGAUCAAGUGAUCAAUGUACCUAUUUAUAUCAAUAUCACUCGAGAUGCCACUAAUCCUACACUUCGAGACUUGUUGAAUGCUUGUUGGAUGAUCAAUCAAGACUUGACUUCAAGCACACCUAAACAGAGUCUGAAUAUCAAAUUUAGUGUAGUUUAUUAUAUUGCUGGUAUUAUCUGGCACACAACAUCGGUCUUUAGUCCACAGUCGUAUUUCCAGUGUCCUUAAUGUAAAUAAAUUAAAAAGUAUGCAUUCAAGAUGUAUUCAGUUUGUUUCAUGGUAGCCUACUUGCCAAAGUUUGUUCUUUUUAUGCAUGUCUGUAUUUCAAGCGGGUACCUUAAUUU